UGCAUUUCAAUGCAGGUUCGCCUGAUGGCUAGUGGGGCUACACAGACAGGAGGGACUGGGGAGUAUUGUUAUUGCCUAUGAGCACAUAUGGGGCUCUAGUUAUGUCUUGUUCUCCUGGUCACUGAUAAAUAUGAUUGCUGGCAGACUGUGACCAUGUGCUGAGCCGGUGAUUUACCCCGGUGCGGGGACAGCGGCCUCUGCGGCCAGGCUUCUGCGAGUACAAAGACAAGAAUGAACCUGUUGUACUCUAGGUCCAUGAUGGUGACGGGGUACAGUGCCUGGCUGGUGUCAUGAAGCUUGAUUUCUCAGCGUGAUUAAAAUGCGAGAGCCGCAGAAGACAAAAGUAUGGUAUUGUCCUACUUCAAAGACACAAUGAGGAGUGAUCAUCAUGAUAUCUCCCCAUCAAGGAUGUCUUAUCAGUCAGCCUUUUCACCCAGCAAUAAUUUCCCACAGCAGAGAGAGAACACUCAGCAUCAGUCAGCUCACAUAUAGGUGAUCUGAUACUAGUUAUGAGGUCUGGCUACCAGCCGUUGAAGUGACUCUUUCCCUCCAAUUAGAAGUAAUCUAUUCCUUCUACGCCUGGAUGGUAAUUCAAAUUGCAGGAGAGAUGAACGAAGAUAAGCAUGCAAUCGCUGAUGAGCUUUUGAUGCUAAGCCUACAAAUUAUGUGCCUUCUUACUGGAGAGGAUUACACCGUUGUGAAGAAGCAUGGGAAGCCUGGCAUGGGCAGUGAAAACCCGUCUGCAUCAGAAGAAUCUUCUAUUAGCAUAGAAAUCCCCAGUUUAAAUCUGGAAAACAAGCUCAUGGUAGAGAAGCUGGCAGGGAUAGCCUUUAAAAUAAGAAAUGAGCUUGAAGAGUUUUAUGAAACAUCAGGUUUCCUGGAGAAAACGUGUGAGGGUAACACACAGCCUAAGGAUAUAUCUGAACAUCUAACAAACUUGUUCAACUUGGUGAAUAAAAUGACCAAAGACAAAAAUCUGAUGAUCGGAAACACUGUGACCCACACCCUGGAAUUUAUUUAUCUCUUGAUUGGAGAGGAUAAUAUUGUUGUAAAGAAGGGUGGGAAGCUCACAGGCAACAAUCAUGCAUCUGAUGAAGAUCGUAACUCAGUGCUAUGUGAAAGAAGCAGAGUGAAGAUUAUCUUGGAAUUGGCAAACAAAAUAAUUAAAAUAGUUACUGAAAAGAUUACAGUAAAAUCUGAAGAUGCUGAAGUAUAUUCCACAAUGGAAGCGUAUUUAAAAGGUUAUAGGGAGUUUAUUAAGGAUGUGACAAUGGACCGUGUGCAUAAUCCGGAAACUAUUGGCAAAUCCGUCAUCCAGAAUCGUCUUAAUGAAUCAACCACCACGGUCAGCGGCUUGAAUUCUGUUAUAAAAGAAAAUGUAAACCAUCAGUCUGAUAUUGAUGCAAAGAUUCCAGAACAAACUAAAAUCAGUAAAAGAAAGAGUAAGCCUAUGAGAAUCAUAUCCAAUGAGUUUCCUUCACGUAAAAAGAAGGAUCUCACAGACUCAGCUGUUUAUUCUAUAAAGCAGCAAGACACAAUUAAAGGACCUGCUCCUGUCAAUGACUGCGACCAGGAAAGCUGUAAUAUACAAAGAGCUGAUACUCAUGUUGCAACAGAGGAUUCCAAGCUCGGAAAGGAGGAUAGGGGCUUAAAUGGAGAAUUGGAUGGAGCAGAUAUUACUGAAACCAUAAAGGAUGACCAUGACCUGGCCUACUCUGAACAUUCUGAAGCUUGCCAGUCAGAACCUAUCCUACACUCAAUAAGAGAAAAGACACAUGAAUGCACUGCAUGUGGCAAAUAUUUUGCCAAAAAAUCCCAUCUUCAGUCUCACAGGCGAGUUCACUCUGGAAUAAGACCGUUCGCCUGUUUGGACUGUGGAAAGCGCUUUACCAGUAACUCUACUCUUGUGGACCACCAGAGGAUUCAUACAGGAGAAAAGCCAUUUGUCUGUCCAGAAUGUGGAAGGAGCUUUACUAAGAACUCGAACCUCAUUGAUCAUCAGCGGACUCACACAGGAGAAAGGCCUUUUGCCUGUACAGCCUGUGGGAAGUGCUUUGCCAGGAGCUCCAAUCUAGUAGAGCAUCAUAAGACUCACACAGGAGAAAAGUCCUUUGUGUGCUCCGAAUGUGGAAAAGGCUUCUCCAGAAGCUCAACUCUUGCAGAGCACCAGAAGACUCACACGAGAGGAGAGACCUAUAUCUGCUCAGAAUGUGGCCAGUGCUUCACUAAGAACUCCAGUCUGAUUAGACACCAGAGUAUUCACACCGGUCAGAAGCCAUAUAUAUGUACAGUAUGUGGAAAAGGCUUCUCCAGUAGCUCCAAUCUGGUGAGACAUCAUAUCACGCAUACAGGAGAAAAACCAUUUGAAUGCCCUAUAUGUGGCAGGACUUUCAACCAGAACUCUAAUCUUAUUUCCCAUCAGAAAACACACAAAGUCAAGACUUUUGAAGUAAAAUAACUCUCUAUAUUUAUUUUACUGGUGAAACAAAUGAACUGGAAAUUAUGUGAUCUAUCAAGAUACAUUUUUAUUAUAUUUAAACUGCAUUUGAAUAAAGAGAGCUGAUUUAAACAGA